AUGACAAGAAAUCGAGCGCAAGACGCCCUACAUUCUUGUAUAUUUCCAUUACUCACUGUUAAUCAUUGGACAGUCAGGCGCAAUUUUACGAGAUCAGUUCGAAACUUAACAGGCAAUAUGAAUGAUCCCGGUAGAGUCUUCGCAACAAUCGACAGUGGUAUCUACGCUGAUACUGGAUCGUACAAACAAAAAUUUCUCUUAAUUGAUAAUACAUGUAAUCAGCUCACUACAGUGCAAACAAGUACGAGCAGCGAAUCGACAACCCAAUCGAUUCAUUUCUGCUCAAUGGAUCUACCCGACUUUGACAUCAAUACCCGAUCCAAUCAAUUAUUGUUUAAAUGGGAUACGAAUGCAACUUGA